CCCGUGAGGUCCGUGCAGUUGCCUGUGGACAGGGAAAAGCAGCAGCUCGGCAGCAGCCUGCAGCCUGGAACCUGGAGCCUGUGCGAAGGGGAGGGGGACGCCGACUCUGCCCCUCUCAAGUGGGUUGAAUAAAUUCAGUGCUACUUGAGACAGAUAAAAAAUGUUGACCAAUGCAUAUCCGAUGCUUGGUGGCCGUCGCGGUGGCAGGAAGCAGCGACGUGUUUGAGGUCGACUUGAAAAUUAACUGUCUCCGUCUGGCUCCAGUCUGGAAAGUGCCAUGUAUACCUGCUGGAGAUGAGAAUGAAACCCAGUCGCAACAUCCUCCUGGGCCUGUGCUCCGUGCUGGCCUUGGGAUUCCUGUAUUACUCUUCAGGGCGGAUCAGCUUACGAGGCUGGAACCACAAAUCAUUGUACGACAAACAAGGAUUCCUUGUGAAGCUGGAUACUAGUCUGCCUUUGGAGCUUAUGUACAAAUACGGCAAUCUCAGUGAAGGAGCCUGUAAGCCUGGCUAUGCAUCUGCAAAGAUGACUGCCAUUUAUCCAAAGUUCGCCCAACUGCAGCCCAUGUUCCUCGAUCCAAAUUACAAGCGGUACUCCAAGAUUUGCGAUUAUUCACCUCCGUUUGGUGUAAAAUCACAAGAGAAGAUUAUAGAUAUUCUUCUCUCAGCCACCAAGAGCUACAGCCUCGGGGAAGAUCUUGACAACAUGAAUUGUAAGACAUGUAUCAUCAUGGGAAAUGGAGGAAUCCUUGCCAACAAAUCUCUGGGACAGAGAAUUAAUGAAUUUGACGUUGUGAUCAGGUUAAAUGAGGCCCCUGUGAAAGGCUUUGAGAAAGAUGUUGGCUCCAAGACCACCAUGAGGAUCACCUAUCCAGAGGGGGCCAUCCAAAAGACAGACCGCUACGAGACUGAUUCCCUGUUCGUCCUUUCUGCCUUUAAAGCUCUCGACUUAAAGUGGCUGAGACACAUGGUCUUCAAUCAGCGGCUGCGCAGCACGGAUGGGUUCUGGAAGUCGGUGGCUAAACAUGUUCCAAGGGACCCCAACGACAUACGCAUCCUUAACCCCUUCUUCAUCCAGGAGGCCUCUUUCAAGCUGAUUGGCCUUCCUCACAACAAUGGACAGAUGGGCCGAGGGAAUAUCCCAACCCUGGGGGCAGUUGCCAUAACAAUGGCCCUUCAUAACUGUGAUGAAGUAGCUGUUGCUGGAUUUGGCUACAACAUGAGCACCCCCCAUGCCCCUCUGCACUACUAUGAGAAGAUCAGGAUGUCAGCCAUUAAAGAGUCUUGGACUCACAACAUAUCGAGAGAAAAGGAGUUCCUGAUAAAGCUGGUGAAAGCCGGGGUUAUCCAGGACUUGACCAAUGGGAUCUGUGGUGCAGGAUGCUGAUGGUCUGCAUUCAAAUGUUAUGCUCCAGAAAGUAGCAUUGUGCUCUCCUCCACCUGUUCCAGCACCUGAAGAGGGAAACUCACGGCUCUGUAGGCCACGUUGCUGGCAAACAGCAGCAGCUGGCACUCUUAUUGGUCAGAGUUGAGACCGUGAGUAUAUCAGGCUUAAAGACAAGGACGCACUGCCUUAGUGUUUCAUUUUAUCCUAUUGCAAGCAAAUGGCCUCCUAUUGCAAUAUUCAGCUUGUCCUAGUUGCAGGUUAGUGUAUUUUUUACAUGGAUUUGGUUAACUCAGUGUUGAGAAUCGAACCAGCACCUUAACCAGGCUGCCCUACAACUAGACUGGCUGCAGGCUGGAGAAAAGAAGGAGCUCAUUGUGGGACGAAGAAGACGUUGGACUAAUUGUUGGGCCUGUGCCAAGAAUACCUCUACAAGUGUCCUUCUGCUUACACAUCUGAAUGUAUCUGCAUCAUACUCAAAGUUAUUAUAGACAUUUAUAUCUUCCAGGUUCUGUGUUAAACAGGGUGCACACCAGAUGAGGCAUGACUCAGCCGUCCUGGACCAGUCUCUGACGUCUUAGUAAACCUUUCUAUCAGAGCAACGUGGCAAUCAUCACAGGGUGUGUGGUUGAGUGUGUCAGCGUCGGUAUGAAGCUAGAAGGCUGGGUAAUAUAAGCAAAUAAGAGCUUCCUCUGAAUCUACAACACACAUCACACUUAAACGCACAUCAAUGCUCAUCACGCUGAUUUGACUGCACGAAAAGACACAUUAUGUAUAUUUCUUGUGGAGCAGAGAUAUACAAUCAUCCCUCAAAGACUUGCCCCCAAAUGUCUACUGGAUGUAGCAGAGGCCUGAGCAGCUCGUAUCACUGAGAAGUUCACUUUGGAUGUAUAAAUGCACAUAUCUAUUUAGCAUUGACUGCAAAUUAUAUUAGCUAUACAUGUGUGUUAUUGACUUAAUAUUUUGCAGCUGUCCUUUCUCCUGCUGAGUCUGUGAAAACUACAGGCUUCUUCAUGUAAUACCAAUAAUUUAAUAAUAGCUAUAAGACAGUUAUUGAAACGAGUGAAGUAUAAAUGUGCUCAUAAUUUGUUAAGAACAAGUUCUGUGCUGUGGAAUAUUUCCAAUAAACAUCUGAAAUGUUGUGAAGGUAUGACAAAGGUGUGGCCAAGCUGCAUCCAGGGGACACAGGGGGGGAACCUCACUGAGUCCUAGCUAUCAUUUUGUUGAAGUGUUGCCUACAGGUUGGAUCGUACGGAGCACCACUGUGGUGUUGGACUGACAGUGAGUAAAGAAAACAAACAUGUUUCAACUAAAGACAACAGGCCCCAGAAUUUUCCACAGUAGUGUCCUCUUGAAUGAAAAACAUUUCUUUGUUAAUUUGAUUGGACGAAGUGAUGACUUCACACUUUAGUCAAGUCAAAGAUAAGGUGCUUAUUUAACUCAGAGAACAGCGUUUCCUUAUACUGCAGGUAAUAAAGGAAGAUGUUGAGUUGUGGAAAGCAUUAUACGCACCUAAAAAUAAUGUCUAUCUAUCUUUCUGUCUUAACAUAUGAAAUGAAUUGCUUGCAUGACCGAUACCUGCAUCAUAUCAGACAGCAGUGUAUUGAACUCCUUUAUUCUUCAUACACAGAUGGCAUUAUUGUGAUUUGAUUUUUGAUGAUUACAAAAAGAGGGGAUUUCACUUCUUUAAAGCUGGAGUCAAUCUCAUCUCCAGAUCAAAUAUCCUGUAGUACAAAGUUCUUCAUUUCAAACCUACAGAGGUGCACCUUCUCAUGACCAAGGCUUUUCAAGAACAAAUCUCUUUUUUUGUCUUUCAUAUUUGCCAUGAGGAGGUAAAAUGAACUCAACUUGCAUAUAGGUCAGAUAUUAUCAACACAGUGCUAAAGUUCACUUUUCUGUUUUUUAAUAAAAGUAAAGAGCAGGCUGUUACUCAGGGUGACUUCAUCUGAGAUAAACAAAAUAAGCCCCUAAGGCCAGGGUCAGAAUACAUGACAUCAGCUUGAUAAUGUCCCAAAUCCAAAACAGACAUUAAGAAUAUAAAUCAGCAUUAGCAUUAAUAAAUGUCUAGUUUGUUCCUGUGUUAUACGCUUUUAGUCUGCCUCACAAAAUCUUGACAUAGAACUAUCAAUCUGAACUAUUUUCCUAUUCCUUAAAUAACUGAACCAAGGAAAAUGACAGUGAAGAAUAAGCUAGCAAAAUAGCAGACAUAGAUGUUACCAGUGGAUUUACAAUACUUUAAAAGUCGACUUUAUAAGUGUUUCAUGUGUGGAAAAUGUUUUCAAGCUCUUUGUUCAAAUUCAAGUAUGAUUAUUAUGUCAUUGCCAAGGUAAUAAUGCAUUUUAAAGCUCCUGUAAGUAUUUUUUUUAUAUGUUUUAGAACAGACUGCAAUUAGUAUUGUUACUUCGUCAUGAUCUACAAAAGCAAGCAAGAUCAUUAGCAUAAAUACUGACUUUCUCUAUAUUGUAAUUUUUGAUGUCUAGAACUUCUUGUAGGGGGUAGGUGUCAGAUGAAGUGAAUAACAGUACUUCUGCAGGAAAAGCGUUUUUUAAACAUGUCCUAUCGUAACAAUUCUUGGAUGCAGAUACAUUUGAAACUCAAUAGGUUGAUUUUUUUGUUAUAAACACCACUAACUCGUACAGGAUACAAUCAACAAAGAGGUCAGGUACUGCUUUGACCACAGGCGGUGCUAAAAUUAGCACAGACCCAAAGUUUGUUAUUAGAGCUUUAAUGUUGCUUUUGUUUAACUCUAAAGAGACUCAAUGUGGCACGUUUAAAAUCAGAGCCUACAUAUAAAAAGCCAUACUUGAAGUCAUGGUCAUAUUGAAUUAUUUGCUGCACAGCAUGUUUUUUUUUAUUCAAUGAUGGAUUUAAUUUUUGGGUGUUUUUUUGUUUUUGUUUAUAUGAAUGGAAAAUGUCAGAUGGAGUUAAGCUGGUACCUGCUUUAAAGAUCCACCUCUUCUCUUAAACACCUCUUAAAUGUCAAUAUUCUUGAUGUCCCAGAAGAACAUUUGUUCAUAAUUGUUUGUGUCUCAGUGGAACACCAAAGCAUUCCCCUCAAUCACUUCACUCAGCCUGUUAUAGGCUGCUAUCUCAGGCCCCCUGACCACUCUUAUGAUCAGUGUUACUAUCAAACACAUGAACGAAGCUUUAUAAAUCUAUCUCACAUUACUGAAGAUAAUCAGCUGUGUUGUGAAGUCUGUGUGAGUGUUUGUGUUGCUUUAAACUGUAACCUGCAUAGUUUAUGCUCACCUAACUGCAGGUGAUUGUUGACUUGAUGCCAGUCAGAUUUUCAUGCCAAAGUAUUCAUAUAUUUACUGUAGGCCUUGCACAGGACCUCACUGAUAAAUAAAGAUUGAAGGAUGCUGUA